AUGAUCGAUCUCACCAUUCUUCAAAAGGUCGCUGACAUUGUCCGCAUCAUCCCCUUUGCCUGGAUCGUCCUUGACUUUCUCAAGGAUUUCCUCAUUCUGAUUAUCCUCACUGGCCCAGCUCCAAAACACGUUGGUUUUAUCAUGGACGGCAACAGGCGGUACGCCAAAAAGAAGCAGUUGCCCUUGAAAGACGGCCACCUCGCUGGCGCCAUGUCCCUCAUUUCGGUUUUGGAGACUUGCUACAGAGUGGGCGUCACAGAUAUAACCGUUUACGCCUUCUCCAUUGAAAAUUUCAACCGUUCCAAAGAAGAAGUGGAUACUCUUAUGGGCUUGCUCAGAGACAAGCUCAAGUACUUGGCUCUCUACGACGACUCAUACGCUAGGGUCAAUAAGGUCAAGAUCAAGAUUAUUGGUAACAGGUCAAUGAUUCCUGGUGAUAUCUUGGAGGACUUGGAGAAAGUCGAGGAGAUCACCAACAUAGAGCUGGCUACGCGCGUGUUGAAUGUGUGCUUUCCGUACACCUCUCGUGAUGAUAUCGUGCAUUCUAUUCAAAAUGUUUGCAACAAUGGCGUCCCAAGGGAGUCCAUCAGUCAGGCCGAGCUUUACAACAACAUGUACAUGGGCCCAGAAGCCCCCCAACUUGACUUGCUCAUCAGAACGUCGGGCCACACCCGCUUAAGCGACUUCAUGUUGUGGCAGUGCACCCACGACUGUAAGAUUGAGUUUGUCAACACCUUAUGGCCUGACUUCAAGUUCAUUUCUGUGUAUAGCAUCUUGUUGAAGUGGUCAUACUACCACCGGAAGGAGAUGAGGGCCAAAAGUGAGCAGGAGCAGCAGGAACUGCUGGGCUAUUCCGGUAAAGUGGUUGACAUCACAUCCCUUCCUCCACCACCUCCUUUCGCCACAGUUGGAUCCAAGUAG